AUGCCUGGCAAACCCAAACGCAUUGUUAUCGUCUGCAGGGAACGUCUACAGAAUGGGACUCCGGAGACAGCAGACAUGUACCGACAGACCAAGCAGUGUGCGGCUUUGGCGGUCGCGGAGGCAAAUACUCGGACAUGGGAGGAGUUCAGGGAAUCCAUGGAAAGCGACUUCCAAACGGCUUCUAAGCGAUUCUGGAUUACAAUCCGCCACCUCAGGAGGGGGAAACAGUGCACUGUCAACAACGUGUAUGGUGGGGAUGGAGCGCUUGGAGUCCACAUCUCUAAUGACUUCUCCUGGACAGUCAACACCACAUCAAUCAUCAAGAAGGCUCAGCAGCGGCUACACUUCCUUAGAGUCCUCGGGAAGUACAACCUGAAGCCUGACCUGCUGCUGACCUUCUACCGCUCGUCCAUCGAGAGCCUGCUGACCUACUGUAUUACGGUAUGGUACGGCAGCUGCACUGCAGCAGACAGGGAGAGGCUGCAAAGAGUGGUCAAGACGGCUCAGAAGAUCAUCGGCCGCCCUCUCCCCUCUCUGACGGACAUCUACACCUCCCGCUGCCUCAACAGAGCCAGUGCCAUCAUCAAAGACAGCACCCACCCUGGCUCUGACCUGUUCCACCUGCUGCCCUCUGGGAAGCGCUACAGGGUUGCAGGGAAAGCGAUGUCAAAACUUUCCACAAUUCUUGGGGGUGGAGCGUCACUAGGCUGCACAACAGGGCAUCUUUACACUCGAAAAACUAACGAGGAAGCGCCACAAACACAUAGCAUCAGCUUAAAGUCAUGGCGCUCUGUAGGACUCUGGUCACUAUGGGCCCCAACUGUGGAACAGCCUGUUGCAGAGCCUCAGGACAGCAAAGACUAUUGA